UUUCACCAUUACAGUACAGGCCAUACAGCCACAGUUUGUUGCUGUCAAUAAACAAGUCCUAAUUUUACAAUAUAUAACUGUAAACCUUUGUUUUCAUAUGAUUAUUAUUAUUUGAAGCUUCUUUAAUCAUUCUUUCAAUAAUCAUUUUGCUCAGCAUUUUCUUAAUUCUUUAUUUGGUUGUUCAAAGAUUCAAUUAAGAAAGAUAUUAGCCUUUUUGUUUUUUCAAAUAUUCUAUUAGUCCAAAAGAUUGAAUAUUUUGAACAGAGCCCAUGUGCGCCUCUAAUCUGUUCGGUGAAUUUCCUCACAGAAGCAAACCCAGGGGCAAAUAUUGAAGAAAAAGAAAUUCUAACAUUGAUGAUUAUCAAUCUAAUAAUGCAGUAAAUGACAGUUAACAUAUUGCAUGAGUUCAAGCUAGUCUUUUUUGUUUGCACCUUACACACGGCUAAUCACAACCACUGGAAGUGUGAAUUAAUUGUCAAGCUAUCAUUUUCUAUGCAUACAUUUCUCUCUCUACUUUUAGGUCUCUUUAUAUACUACACAUUCUAUGCCGGAAUCCAGAUGAUAUUUUUGGGAUCUGGGUUUCAAUUCUUUUUCUUGUUUCUUGAUUUGUUGAUAAGUUCCUUGUAAAUCUUGAAACAUUCUGUGUUAGUAUUAUUGAGUAUUGUUUUGUCCUUUCAUUGUUAGCUUUCUUCUCCACCAUUGUCAUUUCAUUCUUUGGAGUUUGUUGACCAAGCAGUUUUUUGAAGAUUUCUGUUACUUGGCUUUAUAUCUUUUUGGUUUGAACUCUCUAAGUACUUGUUUUAAUUGUACAUUUGUACUAACAUUGACUAAGCCUCUCAUGGUAACCUCUUUCGUUCUCUAGAUCAUGUGCUUCAGGAAUAGUGUAGUGUAGAUAAAUUAUUUGGAAACCCAGGAAAAUUUCUGGGUUUUUAUUCAUUCUACCAUUUCUUGCUUGCUUUUAUUGAUUAAUGGAUCUUUACUUAUUCUUAAUUCUUUCCAUUUUAUCUCUUUUUGUCUCUUCUUGUAUAUCCUCUACUCUUGAAGAUCAAGAGAGAGACAAAAUCACAUACUUACCUGGGCAGCCAACAAAUGUGGAAUUUAAUCAGUAUUCAGGGUAUGUGACUGUGAACCAGCAAGCUGGGAGGGCAUUGUUUUACUGGUUGAUUGAGUCUCCAGCAAGUCGUGGACCUGAGUCAAGACCACUUGUUUUGUGGCUUAACGGGGGCCCUGGUUGCUCUUCUGUUGCUUAUGGAGCAGCUGAGGAAAUUGGACCCUUUCGCAUUAAGCCUGAUGGCAAAACUCUUUUCUUCAAUCCCUAUGCUUGGAAUAAGUUGGCAAAUUUGCUAUUCCUCGAAUCUCCAGCCGGUGUUGGAUUUUCAUAUUCCAAUACAACAUCAGAUUUGUACACUGCUGGUGACCAGAGAACUGCUGAAGAUUCAUAUGCAUUUCUAGUGAAUUGGUUUGAAAGGUUUCCACAAUAUAAGCAUAGAGAUUUCUACAUUGUUGGAGAAAGUUAUGCAGGUCAUUAUGUUCCUCAGUUGUCUCAAAUUGUCUAUCAAAAGAACAAGGGAAUCCAGAAUCCUGUAAUUAACUUUAAGGGAUUUUUGGUGGGAAAUGCAGUCACUGAUGACUACUCUGAUUAUAUUGGCACCUUUGAAUACUGGUGGACACAUGGUUUAAUUUCUGAUUCUACCUAUCGAACUUUACGUAUUGCCUGCAAUUUUUCGUCCUCUAUGCACCCAUCAGUAGACUGCAUCAAGGCUCUUUACCUUGCACAGCUGGAGCAGGGGAACAUUGAUCCAUAUAGCAUUUUCACACGGCCCUGUAACAAUACUGCAUCACUGAGACACAACUUAAGGGGUCAUUAUCCAUGGAUGUCAAGAGCAUAUGAUCCUUGUACAGAGAGGUAUUCUAAACUGUACUUCAAUCGCCCAGAAGUUCAGAAGGCACUUCAUGCAAAUGCAACUGGGAUCUCUUACCCAUGGAAGACAUGCAGUGACAUUGUGGGAAACUACUGGGCAGAUGCUCCACUUUCUAUGCUUCCUAUAUACAAAGAACUUAUUGCUGCUGGUCUGAAGAUAUGGGUUUACAGUGGAGACACUGAUGCAGUGGUUCCUGUAACUGCAACCCGUUACUCCAUCGAUGCAUUAAAGCUACCAACUAUUACCAACUGGAGUCCUUGGUAUGAUAAUGGAAAGGUUGGUGGGUGGAGCCAAGUUUACAAAGGGCUAACUUUUGUUACAGUGACCGGAGCAGGGCAUGAGGUUCCACUCCAUCGCCCUCGCCAAGCAUUUAUUCUUUUCAAAUCAUUUUUGGAGAACAAACCAAUGCCUAGCUAAACCAUUUAGUCUUAUUUCUACUUGAAUCAGCAAAUUAUAGAAUUAUUCAUAUACAGAAAUCCCUAAACCACAAAAUAAAAGAAGCAGCAUUUCUCUCGAGUGCUCUUCCACCCUUGCUCCAUUUUUAGUUUUGAAUUUGUAGAAUAUUUAUAUGAGAAUUAUUUAUUCUUUGUAGGGAUUAAGUUAUUGAUGUCAUUAUGAUUGUGCCAAAAGGAAUUGGCUGAUCAUAUAUGUAUUUUUAUGUAGAAUUAUACAAUUAUUGGAAUUAUUGUUUAUAUAAUGUGGUUUCUUGCUUUUA